AUGAUUAGAGCUGCUAGGAAUAAUAAGUCCAGAGUGGCACCUUGUGUGCUAUUGAGAAUGUUGGCUAGAACAUCCGUCAGAAAUGCAACUUCGACGGCGAGACCAGUAGCCGUUACCCCAAAUAUUAUUUUACCUCCGGUUAACAAGAACUUGACUAAUACAAACCCGUUCUUGAUUCCCGAUUUACCAAAUGGUUCCUUACAUUUUAAUUCGUCAAAGGAGGAAAAACCACCUGCAAAGGAGAAAUCAAACAAUAAGGAGAAAUCAAAAAAGAAAGAUAAGGACAAGGGAAAAGAGAUUGAAAAGAAAGAAGACAAGGAUAUUGGAGAAACUAUUAAGGAUAUCGAUUCCAAGCCUACUGCAGAUCCAAACAAUCCAGUUUCUUCAAGUUCUAAAGUAUUGUCAAGCGGUGGUGGUGGCAGUAACGGAAAUAAUGACAACAAUGGGAAUGAUAGUUUUCAUGAUGACAACUCCAAUGGGUUGUCGGGAGAUAAAGUACCGCCAAGUACCCUGAAGACUGGUUUAUAUCCUCCAUUCUUGGCUAUUCCAAUGAAAGACCGUCCACUUUUACCAGGAGCAACAAGUAGUAUCAAUGUUGCAGAUCAAGAAGUCAUGAGUUGUUUAAGACAAAUGCUUUACAAUAAAACACCAUACUUUGUUUUAUUCCAUGUUAAGGACACAGAACACGAAGAUGCUGCUGCUGACACAAUCCCAAAUAAAGAGUUUGUACAUGAUGUUGGUACUUUAUGUCAAGUUGUCAAAGUCACAUUUGGACCUAGUUCAGCAACAAUCUUGGUUUAUCCCCAUCACAGAGUUGAAUUGGUUGAUUUGAGCACACCUCAGAUAAAGAAUGAAAAAAUAGAGAAAGAACUGGGUCAUUCACCAACUUCUUAUUUGAAAAAUUUCAAGGUUUCCUACGCUGUUACUAGACCAUUGGAAGAUGAGCCAUAUGACAAGAAUAGCGUUGAAAUUCGUGUGUUGACUGAUAAGAUCAAAGAGUUGUGUAGCAAGUUUCCAAUUAAUGUACCAUUUGCUAAUGAAGACGGGGAGAAAAUAUUCAAUAAUCCAUCUAUGCUUGCCGAUUGUAUUGGUAGCAGAGUUCAUGGAGACCCUAAACAGAUCCAAGAAAUUGUUGGUACUUUGAAUGUUAAAUCAAAGUUGGAGCAAGCUUUACAAUUGUUGCAAGUCGAAGCUGAUGCAGAUAGUAUCAGACAAAUUGCACUCAAAAACAUGAGAGAAAGAACCGAAAAGGCUUAUGCACAAAGCUUGAUCAAAGAGUACACCAAAGAGUUGUUGAAGGUCGCUGGUGUUGGCGAAAACUCUAAAGCCAAGAAAUUUGAUGAUAGAAUCAAGAAGUUGAAAAUGCCAGAAGAAGCGUUGGAAGCUUACAAGACUGAAAAAGCCAAGUUGGGAACUCAAGGUGAUAUGGAGCAAAAUGUAGUUGAAAGAUACUUGGAUUGGUUGACAUCUAUUCCAUUUGGUAUUUAUUCCAAGGAUUCAUUUAAUGUGAAGCAUGCCCGUGAAAUUUUGGACAGAGAUCAUUAUGGUUUGGAAGAUGUCAAAGACCGUAUUUUGGAGUUUAUUGCAGUUGGUAAAAUUUCAGGAAAUGUCAAUGGUAAGAUUUUAUGUUUGGCCGGACCUCCAGGUACCGGUAAAACUUCUAUUGCCAGAUCAAUUGCUGAAACAUUGAACCGUAAGUAUACCAGAAUUGCUGUUGGUGGUGUUCAAGAUGUUCAUGAUGUCAAGGGUCACAGAAGAACCUAUGUGGCCUCUUUACCAGGUAGAAUCAUUUCUGCUUUGACCCAAGCCAAGACCUCUAACCCGUUAAUGUUGAUUGAUGAAAUUGAUAAAUUGGAUACUUCCGCUCAUGGUGGUGCUGCUAGAGCAUUUUUGGAAAUUUUGGAUCCAGAACAAAACAAUGCAUUUGUGGAUAACUUUAUCGAGGUUAGUGUGGAUUUGUCAAAGGUUUUGUUUGUAUGUACAGCCAAUUACCUUGGCUCUAUACCUGCUCCGUUAAGAGAUCGUAUGGAAAUAAUUGAGGUUAAUGGUUAUACCAAGCAUGACAAGAUUCAAAUUACAAAGCAAUAUUUGAUUCCUGCAGCAGCUAAGAAAGUCGGUUUAGAAGAAGGGCAUGUCGUCAUUCCAGAUGAAACAAUUUCAAGAUUGAUUGACAAAUAUUGCCGUGAGAGUGGGUUGAGAAACGUCAAGACCUUGGUCAAUAGAAUUUUCAGCAAAGCAUCUAGGAAGAUCGUUGAACAAUUAGAAGAACCUGAACCUGAAGCUGAAGAAGAAGAAAAGCAAGUGGCACAAGCUGCUACCGAAGGAAAGACUGGUGAUUUGGCUAAUGAAUCUGAAGAAGUAAAAGAAUCUGUAAAACCCGAAGAAAGUACAAAAGAAGGUGAAGAAGUAGAGGAAGAAGAAGAAGUUAGGAAGAUGGUUUUGCCUCCGGAUUUGAAAAUUGUGGUUACACCAGAGACUUUGAAAGACUAUAUUGGACCAGAAAUUUAUAUCAAGGAUAGACUUUAUGAGACAUUGAGUCCUGGUGUUGCCACUGGUUUAGCGUACAACACAUCGGGAGAUGGUGACGCAUUAUACAUUGAAUCUAUAUUGACUGAUUCUAUCAGUUCUGAUAUUGGAAAUGCUGGUUUACAUGUAACGGGUUCAUUGAAGGAUGUCAUGAAAGAAUCUGCUUCUCUUGCGUACUCGUUUGCUAAGCAAUUUAUGGUUAGACAAUUUCCAGAUAAUAAGUUCUUUGAAGCUGCACACAUUCAUGUCCAUUGUCCAGGUGGUGCUAUUCCUAAGGAUGGACCUUCUGCUGGUAUUGCAUUCACAUCUUCUUUGCUUUCGUUGGCUUUAAACAAGGCAUUACCAAACGAUACUGCCAUGACUGGGGAAAUCACUUUAACUGGUAAGGUCUUGGCCAUUGGUGGAUUAAGAGAAAAAUCCUUGGGUGCUAAAAGAGCAGGUUACACUAAGAUCAUUUUCCCUAAGGAUUGUGAAUACCAAUUAGAUGAAAUUCCAGACGAAGUCAAAGAAGGACUCACCUAUAUUCCUGUUGAAUGGUAUAGUGAAGUAUUCGAACAUUUGUUCAAAGAUUUGUCUAAAGAAGAAGGUAAUAAAGUUUGGAAGGAAGAGUUUGACAAGUUAGAAGAAAAGAAAAUGAACAAAAGAAAGCACUAG